AUGCCUAGUCUCUUUGAAAGGGUUGGUCGUAGAGAUGACUUUAUUGUCCGCGAUUUCGUCGAUUCCAACCCACUCGAUUUGAACAACCCCCAGGAAGUCAAAGCCGCCCAGAUGGGAACUGCAGAGUUCAUGGCCAGCACUGUAAUUCAACGACGGCAAGGCUGGAUGAGAGCUGCAGAAUUCGAUCGCCCCCCAUCCCUCCAAAGAGUACCAGGCUGGAAUACUCGAAAUUACAAUAAGAUCGGAUUUGAGGCUAUACACGUAAACAGUCCGGACUACUUCCUUGGACACAGAAAUUGGUACCGACAUAUAUUAUUCUUCCUCAUGACGCAGCAAUACCUUCACGCGCAGAUUUUUUCAAGAUGA